GCACCUCACACACUCACAGCCACACCCGCACCCACACACUCACCCGCACCCACACCCCCACCCCACCGCCCACACCAUGGCCGCCUCCACCCUGUCCGUCUGCUCCAGCAACCUGAGCUACGGCAGCCGCGUCUGCCUGCCCAGCUCUGGCGACUCCUGCCCCGACUCCUCCUGGCAGGUGGACGACUGUCCCGAGAGCUACUGCGAGCCCCCGUGCUGUGCCCCGGCCUCCUGCCUGACCCUCCUCUGCACCCCUGCGAGCUGCGGGUCCAGCCCCUGCCCACCAGCCUGCCCCGGCUCCUGCCAGCCCUCCUGUGGCAGCUGCUCCCCCUGCCAGGAGGGCUGCUGUGUGUCUGUCUGCUGCAAGCCCGUCUGCUGCACCCCCGUCUGCUGCAAGCCCGUGUGCUGCACCCCUGUCUGCUGCACCCCCGUCUGCUGCAAGCCCGUGUGCUGUGAGGCCUCCCCCUGCUGCCAGCAGUCUAGCUGCCAGCCCUCCUGCUGCAGCUCCUCCCCCUGCCAGGAAGACAGCUGUGUGUCUGUCUGCUGCAAGCCCCUCUGCUGCACCCCCGUCUGCUGCAAGCCCGUCUGCUGCACCCCCGUCUGCUGCAAGCCCGUCUGCUGCACCCCCGUCUGCUGCACCCCUGUCUGCUGCAAGCCCAUCUGCUGCCAGGCCUCCCCCUGCUGCCAGCCCAGCCCCUGCAGACCCUCCUCCUGCGUGUCCCUCCUCUGCCGCCCCGUGUGCAGGCCUGCCUGCUGCGCCCCCUCCCCCUGCCCGCCCAGCUGCUGCCGCCAGUCCUCCAGCAUGUCCCUGCUGUGCCGUCCCGGGUGCUCCCGCUGAUGGGGCACGUGCCCCCGGGGCCCUGGGCUCAGGCCCCACCCAGGGACCCUGGGCCUCCCGGCCACCCCUCAGCCCAGCCCUCACCUGUGCUAGGUGGCUGACCCCACCCACGACGGGGUCACCCCGGGUGUCCACUCUCCUGACCUGACCUUCACCUCCUCCAACCUAAGAAUGCUGACCCCGCGGCUCCCCGGGACUCCUGCUCCCAAGACACACCUCCACCUACCCUGGGUCACCUGCCUUCCCUCCCAGUUCCUCUGCUCGGGUCACCUGACCUCCUCUCCGACCUGUCCGCACCUCCCUGGGCACCCCAAUAAACUCACUUCACCGGC